UUUUUUGUUUGUUUUUAAUCUUGAUCUUAGACUCAGAAGAACUGAGAUCCAGAGAGGUGGAGUGACGUGCCAAGGGUCAUCUGACUCUUGGGCAAGUGUAUCCCUCCAGGAAAGGAAAAAGCUGCAGUAUUUUUUUGUCCUCCAAGCAGGAGCACGCAGGGCACCAGGGAGCUCCCUUUCUCCCUGGAGGUGGCAACCAGAAAGUAUAGCAGGGGCCACAGGCUGGGACACUGCUGAAGUCAGGAGCAAGUUUGCAGGCCGAGUGACCACAGGCAACCUCUCAGCCAGGGCCCUCUCAGCAUCGGCAUGGACUCCAGGAUUCCGCCUGCCGGGGGCUGGCUCAGCAGCCGCCCACCCACGUCGGAGCCUGACCUGGAACCUGCCACAGAGGGGCCAGCCUCCGAGACCACCACUCUCAGUACAGAAGCCACCAGCUUUAAUGACACCAGAAUCCCUGAUGUGGCUGGUGGCACAGCUGGUGUGGGCACCAUGCUUCUGUCCUUUGGGAUCAUCACAGUGAUUGGCCUGGCUGUGGCCGUGGUUUUGUACAUCAGGAAGAAGAAGAGGCUGGAGAAACUCCGCCACCAGCUCAUGCCCAUGUACAACUUCGACCCCACGGAGGAGCAGGAUGAACUGGAGCAGGAGCUGCUGGAGCACGGGCGGGACGCUGCCUCCGUGCAGGCCGCUGCCUCUGCGCAGGCUGCACAGGGCAAGACCAUGCUCCCCUCUCAGGGCCCACUGCAGAGGCCCAGCCGGCUGGUGUUCACUGACGUAGCCAAUGCCAUCCAUGCGUGAGUGGCCUGAGGACCGGCCUGGAUCUCUGAUGAAGACAUCUGCUAUCGUGCCCCUCGAGCUGCCUGCUCCAUGAUUGUUAAGACCCACUCUCAGGACCUGCCCUGCUGAGGCCCAGCUGUUCCAAGGACCCACCUGCUGGCUCUCCAGGCUCUUAGAGAGGGCCCUGGCUAGGCUGGACAUCUGGCUACUGAGGUCUCCUGAUCUGAGGGCCCUGGCAUAGGGGACAGCCCUCCUGUCAGGAAGGUUGAGAGCCACUGCUGGCUUGCUUGUGUCCUGCCCAGACCCCUCACCCCAUGGUCUGCUCCUCUAAUGUGGAGGAUGUGGGGGGAGACACGGGAUAGGAGGGGAGGUGGAGGAGAGUAAGGAGGGGCUCCCCUUUGUCAGGGAGAGACCUGUCUUUGGAAUCCGCAGCGUCCUCUAGAAUAGGGAGGGGCAAUCAACCAGGUCUUGGGGACAGGGUGUGGUGACACCCGGGGAGAAGCCUAGGGAUGAACCGGAACUGCCUGGUGGGCAAGGACACCGGGAAGAGGACUGCUCCUACCCAACCCAUCUUUAUUUUGGAUGUUCAGGAGGCCUCCCAGCCACUCUCCCUGGCAGCCAGCUAUUGGCUGGGAAAGGGGGAGGGAGGCCGGGGAGUAGGUGUAGAGGGCCCUGAGAGGGUCCAGGAAUGUGUUCACAUGCAGGCAUAUGUCUGUCCUGCACAGGGUAGGAGGGAGACCCUCUGUAUUGGCUCCACCAUCCAAGUCCACCCCACCCCUUUCUGUGUGCGGGAGCACAGGAAAGGCCACUCUCUCUGCCUUCAGCUUUCAGGGACUGAAAGGAGAGGGAAGCCAAGGUGAAGGUCGUGCUGCCCACUGCAUCUCUUCACUGGGCUCUACAAACCAGGUAACCUGCUUCUGAAAACGGUUCCCUGUCCUGGUGUAUAUUGGGGAUCUAGGGUUGUGGGAGAGGCUACUGGACUGAGGGCAGUGGUUCCAGGCUGUGGGCUAUCUGGGAACAUUCUGACUGCCUGAAACAGGGUGGGGAUAGCCCCACAGAGAACAGUUUUCCUGGUUUUU